UUGAGGGAAACCGUCCGCCCCCUCCCACUCCCAACGCCCCCGCUUCAGAUGGAGCGCAAAACACAGAAAGCCUCCAUGUUGCACAGGGGCUGUCGGGGCCAGCAGAUGUGAAACGUCUCCUGAAAGCGCAUGCCUGCCCGGACGUCGAGCAACUUGCGUGCACUGAAUGCACGGUUCUGGACGCCAACGAUCCUCCGAAGGGCUUCCGACAGUUUCCGGCGUGGCUCGGGAGGCGGCGGCCUGCUGCGGAGCUAACAGGCUAAUCUGAACUUUAGUGAGCGUUAACGCUGCUGGGCUUUGUUUUUAAAACCGGAGCGUUCCGGAAGUUGCCCGCGAACACUUGUUGGCAGCGAUGAUAUUUUUAGGAAAGCCGUAGAUGACAGCCCGCCCCUGGCCUCCAUUCACCGCCGUGCUAGCUGGCUGCUUGCCCCGCUGCCGCGACCCGUCUCCCCGGACAGUUUCCUGGCUGUGUGGCCAAGCUGCUCCGCUUCAGACCGCUAGCAACCGAAGCAAGCGCGUUCCUACAGAUAAAACGGGAACAACCAGGAGUCUCGAUGGACCACAUGUCCAUAAUAACCCAAGUUUCAAACCCCAAGGAGGAGGAGAUAAUUUCUUUUAACCAGGAAAAAGCAUCUCAGUCCAGCAGCAGCCUGAAGAAGCAGAGGAGUCGCGGCAUAUUCAGCACAUUCUUGUGUUGCUUUCGCAACUACAACGCAGAGCCACCAGCCACAAACACCAGCCCCCCACCUCCACCUGUCGAGGAGAAUGGAUCGCCUCAAAAGUGUGACCAGGUCGAGGUCAGCCCUGUUCCUAGUCCGCCAGCUAAAUACCUCCUACCAGAGGUGGAAAUAUCUGACUAUGGCAGGAAGUGUGUGGUGAUCGACUUGGACGAAACGCUCGUUCAUAGCUCCUUUAAGCCCAUCAGUAAUGCUGAUUUCAUCGUACCCGUGGAGAUCGAUGGUACCGUUCAUCAGGUGUAUGUGCUGAAAAGACCCCACGUGGACGAGUUUCUGCAGAAGAUGGGAGAGUUGUUUGAGUGCGUGCUCUUCACAGCCAGUCUUGCAAAGUAUGCGGACCCCGUGGCAGACCUGCUGGACCAGUGGGGCGUGUUUCGAGCACGGCUCUUCAGAGAGUCCUGCGUGUUCCACCGAGGGAACUACGUUAAAGACCUCAGCCGACUGGGCCGAGAGCUCGGCAACGUCGUUAUUGUCGACAACUCACCUGCCUCGUACAUUUUCCAUCCAGAAAACGCUGUCCCAGUUCAGUCCUGGUUCGACGACAUGAACGACACGGAGCUCCUGGACCUGCUGCCUUUCUUUGAGGGAAUCGGCAAAGAAGACGAGGUUUACGGAGUCCUGCAGAACUUGAGAAGCCGGUAGCAGGACACUCGCAGCAGCCGCCUCCCUGUCGACCUGUCCCUGUCUGCAGCCACGUGUCCUCCAGGCUCGGGCAGAUGACCUCAAGGACACACCUACAAGUCUCACUGUGGAAACCUCCGUGCAGCCGUGUCUCUGCUCCCCUCCUGGCUGCCUUCUGAGUGCCAUCAGAGAAUCUUCUGUCCUCCCAGGACCACUGUGUCUCUCAAAAACUAGUUCCAAACACCAGAACCUGUACAGAGUUCAUAGCAUCGGGGAAGACAUGAACUGUGGUCAUUAUUUUCAAAUCAAAAUUUUACUAUUCGGCGAAGUGCUAUUUUUAAAACCAAAAGGAAACAAAGGUCCCAUCUGUCCGUCUGAGACUUCUUCUGCACAGCAGCUGGACAACGGUUUGUCCUGUGUUGCUGCUACGCAGGCAGUUUGUGGCGGCGGGACGGACUGUGACUCUGAACCAAGUGCCUUGUGUGAGUGUCGUUUCUACGAGGAGUUCUUUUGUACGCCACAGAUUUUCAGAUUCACUUUUUCACACGAUAUGCUUUAAAGUGGACGCAAACGGAAAACGACUGAUCAGCACAGCUGGGCGGUCGUCUCGUGAUCUUCUUUUUAAAUUCACAAUGCUCGUUUCGUUGUUUAGGCGUGACUUUGUUUCUUUCAUUAUCUGUAGUUGUAGUUUGGUUUUAGGCGAAGAUGAACCUUUAUUAUCCGUCUCUUUGAUUUUAUUACCCGUGCCGCGUUUUAUUAUUUGCCAAAUAAGGAAAUUAUUUUUUAACAGGCUUCAUAUCUUUAC